AUGAAACCGGGAAAGAAGAGACACAGCUCCACCAACACUAAUACACACACUUACAUUAAUACCAAACAUACAAGCUUUUAUUCUCUAAUUGCGUCUUGCCUCAACAUGGCAAACUCAGUGGCCACUCUAGUGGUCCAAGCGGAACUAUUACCCCCUCAAUCGUCCUCCUCCCUCUCUCCCUUCCCCUCGCUGCAGGGAUCAGGAGAAGGGGAGGAGGACAGGGAAAGGGGGGAAGAAGAGGAUGGGGAGAAAGGGAUGGUGGAAGGGGGUGAGGAUAUAGUGCUGACCGGGGUAGGGGUGGAGAUGGUGACGUCAUCGGUCCUGGCCGCACCCCAUCUCCAGGAGCACCCUGAGCACCCGUUCCAGUGCCUGGACUGUGGCAAGAGCUUCAAGUGGUCUUCAAGGCUGGCACACCACCAGCGCAGCCACAACAACGAGAGGCCCUACCGCUGUAACCUCUGCCCCAAGGCCUUCAAGGGCUCCUCCGCACUCCUCUACCACCAGAGGUACUGCAGGGAAGGGGGGGAGGGAGGGAGAGGGGGACGGGCACAGUGAAAGUUAGCAAUAGAAAUGUUUAGCAUCUUAUGCAUCUCAGUUUAUGAAGGGUAUUCUUCUCCUUGUCUCCAUCUGUUUUCAUCUGUUUAGUUCUCUCACAAUAAUACAAAUGAGGGAAAUGCGAAAAAUGUGAGCAAUAUAAUGGAAGCCUAUUUAGGGCCGUGGGAAACUAGUGGAAUAGAAUAAUCAAUACAACUAUGAACCCUUUCUGUAGACGAUAUGAUGUCCUGUAGAUCGGUUGAAGGGUCAGUAGAUUGUCUGUUUUCAUGUUUGUUUUUUCUGUGCAGGUCUCAUUCAGGGGAGAAGCCCUAUAAGUGUGACGACUGUGACAAGGCCUUCAAACGCUCCUCUCUGCUCCAGGUGAGAAACACUGGGCAGUAAUGGUUCCCCCUUUUUGUGGUAAAAAUUUGUUGAAAGGUUUUUUGCUUUAAAAAGUUGAAUGUUACAGUAGUAAAAUGAUCCUCUUGGGGUUAAGGGACCAGUCACGGAUGUCCUCCUCUCUCUCUACUUGUGCAUGUCUCCAGGUCCAUCGUAGUGUCCACACAGGCCUGCGGACCUUCCAGUGCCCCUACUGCCCGCUCACCUUCAAGUGGAGCUCCCACUACCAGUACCACCUGCGCCAGCACACGGGCGAGUGCCCCUACCCCUGCGACAGCUGCCCCAAGGCCUUCAAGAACUCCAGCAGCCUGCGUAGACACAAGAACGUGCACCUGGGCCUGAAGCCCUACGUGUGCACCGUGUGUACCAAGGCCUUUACCCAGUCCACCAACCUCAGACAACACAUGAGAAUCCACACAGGAGAGAGGCCCUACAUUUGUGGAGAGUGUGGACGCAGUUUCACACACUCAUCCAAUCUGGCCCUGCACCGGAACUCUCAGAGUCACACUGGUGAAGGAAAGGGGGGGAAGACAGGGGGAGGCAACAUGGGGGAUGAGAUACGGGAAGUGAUAGUGGGGGAGGAAGUGACAUCACAAAUGUUGACGGACAUGGGCUUUGUGAGCCAGGAGGCCAUGGUGGGGGUGGGGGUCGGGGAGGUGUUCCUAUCGUCAGGUCACCAGACCCUCCUGCCCCAUCUCACCCUAACCCCCACCCAGGGGGGCGUGUGCACAUCCAGGGCCAUCGGGACAGAAGUGCACGUGAGCACGGAGUCGGGCGCCAGCGUGCUGCUGUACAGCUGUGGCAGCUGUAGUCAGACGUUCAGCACGCGGACAGAGCUAGAGGACCACCAGGCCAUGCACCUGGGCCCCGGGGAGGAGGGGGGCAGCGGGGUGGGUGAGGGGCCAGGGGGAGAGGGAGAGGUGGGGAAUCUGCUGGCUGACUUUGAAGAGGUGGUGGAGACGACGGCAGCAGCAGAGAAUGGACACACUACGGCUGAACUACUGGGACUGACCGGGGGAGUGGACGGAGGGGUGAGUAGUGGGACUCUCUCUCUGCCUGGGGAGGUUACCCCUAAGGCACUGUUUUAGGAUCACACCAGAUUCAUCCAUUCAUGAUCAAUAUUUGGUUUCUUACUCUACUCUCUAGGUCAAUAUCUCAGCUGAUAUGACUGCCAUGAUGUUGAUGUUGUUGUGCAAUGACUCUGGCCUAAUAGUAUUUUGUCCCAUGUCAGAAUAUGGGGACUACCCAGGCCCAGUUUGACCUGCUGCAGAGCUUCACAGUGGGGGCUCAGAUCCCCACAGACAGCGUGGAGACAGGGUGUAACACCCCAGGUCCAGGGACGGGGGCGGGGGCGGGCACAGAGUGUGCCUACUGCGGGAAGAGCUUCAAGACCAGCGGAGGGCUCAACAGACACCUGGCACAGGUAGCAAUCAUAUGUCAUAAGGUCUCUGUCCUGGAUGCCAGUCUGUUUCUACUUCGUCUAACUUGGGCCUAGAUUCAAUCAGUUCAGCAUUAACCUGCGAUAACCGACAAUUGCAUAGCAUAUCAUUGCUUUUGUUUGAGAACUGUCAAAUCCACAUGCAGCUCCCGGCGGUAUGCCUUUCGCCGACAUUGCCAUUGGAUGCAUUAAUAGAAAGCCCCUCCAGCCAUGUUACAAGUUCGAACACUGGAAUGUGUGAUGGAAUCUACACUUCGAUUAGUCUGAACUGAUCUACUCCUUGGUGUCAGUAAAGCUGACGUUAUCGGAUCUAUAAAUAGUCUGUUUUGAUGACCCUCUCUCUUCCCAAAUCUUCUUCUCUCCCUCUGCUCCCUCUCCAGGUCCACUCCCUCUCUCCCUCCCAGUCUCGCUCCCAGUUCAGCUGCUCUGCGUGCGACCGCUCCUUCACCCUCCUCUCUUCCCUGCUCACCCACCAGCACUCCCACACCCCCGAGCAGCGCCUCCUGGCCGAGGCUGAGGCAGAGAUUGUCUGCCCCCCGUCCCUGUCCCUGUCCCUGCCCCUGCCCUCCUCCCCCAGGCAGGGGGACAAGCACCAGGACACCCAGGGGGAGAUCCACGUCAGCCUGAUGGCUGUGACAGAGGAGGGGGACAGGGAGGUGGCCAAGCCAUCCACCAGAGCAGUGGUCAAGGGCCAGAGGAGAGGAGCGGCUAGUAAGACUGCUGGGGGGAACAACGGUGAGUUAGUCUUUUUCUUUUGGCUUUUUGAUAGAAAAUACUUUAAAAAGUGAGAUACCUUGACAGUAACAGAGCCUAGCCUACAGCUGCUCAUGAAAUUACCUGUAUAAUUCAUGUGUAAAAAAAUAUAUAACAUUAUUCACCAUUCUCCCUCUCCUCAUCACUGUGGGUACGGUACAGAGAGGCCGUACCGUUGCUCUGAGUGUGGUAAGGCCUUCAAGGGUUCGUCAGGUCUGAGGUACCACAUGAGGGACCACACAGGAGAGAGACCCUACCGCUGCACAGAGUGCGGCAAGAGCUUCAAGAGGUCCUCACUGCUCUCCAUACACCAGAGGGUAAGACGUAUCAGUCCAUUUCUAGCUCGCUAAGGCUGCGUUUAGACAGGCAGCCCAAUUCUGAUAUUUUUUUCCCCUAAUUGGUCUUUUGACCAAUCAGAUCAGCCCUGAAAAAUAUCUGAUGUGACAAGAUCUGAUAUGAUUGGUCAAAAGACCAAUUAGUGAAAAAAAGAUCAGAAUUGGGCUGCCUGUCUAAACGCAAGCUAUGGCAUUUGUCACAAGGUGUGAACAGCGACACUGCUACGUUAUAGCAGUUUAUGGCCUGCUUUUCUUGUUCGAAACUUUUGAAUGUACUUGUACUUUCAGAAGAAUCGAGGCCGUCAACAUUUAUUUUCUGACUGAUCCCUCAUCUCUCCUCUCCAGGUGCACACAGGUGUGCGAGCGUUCCAGUGCCCCUACUGCCCGCUCACCUUCAAGUGGAGCUCCCAUUACCAGUACCACCUGCGCCAGCACACGGGCGAGCGGCCCUACGUGUGCCAGGAGUGUGGCAAGUCCUUCAAAAACACCAGCUGUCUGAGGAGACACAGUCAGCUCCACUCUGGCCUGCGCCCUCACAUCUGCCCCAUCUGCUCCAAGUCCUUCUCACAGACCUCCAACCUCAAACAGGUCAGCACAGAUAGCUCUGCUAUGGCUGAUGCUAGGAUUCUUAUGAUAUUGUGUACAGUGGCUCCUUUGCUCCAUCUCUCUCUAUAUAUAUAUCUCUCUGUCACACACAUCUUUCUCCUCUCCCUUUAUCUUUCUCUCAUCCUCCCUACCCUCCUCUCUCUCCAACAGCACGAGCGCACCCACUCAGGCGAGCGGCCCUUCCAGUGUGCCCAGUGUCAUAAGAGCUUCACCCACUCCUCCAAUCUCCAGCUCCACCUGAGAACCCACUCCUCCAGGAAGGACUACAAGUGUCCCUUUUGUGGGAAGGAGUUUGUCAUGCACUCCUACCUGCAGAGGCACAUGAGGACUCAUGGGAACGGGGCUGUGGCGGGGGACGCUGGGGUGGGGGGUAAGGAGGGGGGCAGGGGAGGUAAAGGGGGUGGAGGGGUGACAACCACCACCACCUUACUAAACCCCAUCACCCUGGAGACCACAGGGAACUCUGGGUCUCUGAUCGUGUCUCAGCCAACACUGGACAUUCCCCCCAACACCUCCCAGAACUACUUCAUGAUCCAGACAGCCAAUGGGCUUCAGCUCAUCCCCCUGUCUGCCCCCGCCCCCCCUCCUCCCCCUCCGCCUCCCCCCCAGACACAGUAUAUCCUCCUACAGUGCCCCUCCACCAAUGGGAGCCAGCCCAGCCUGAUUCUCGUCCCCACCACAGCGACCAAUCCCCAUCCCACCCUGGAUCCCCAGGGCCUCCCAUUGGUCCAGACAGUUCUAAGCCCUGCCCAAACCCAGAUGCAACAUUUUCAGAACAUAUCCCAGCAACAACAGCAGCCCAGGUUCAUCAUCACCACCAAACAACAACGUAAACAACCCUCCCGUUGCUAAGACAACAACUCCCUCCCUGAACUCUAUGCUGAACAAGCCCAUAUUAGGGAAAAGUAACCGGACAGCCAGGACCAGGAGAGGACGGAAACCCAAAGCUGCUGUAGGUCGGAAAACAACCACCUCAGUUGCUACGUCAACCACCUCUGUCACCAUGACAACAGCCCCUGUCAGUCAGUCGGGGGAUGUAGUACCUGUGUCUAGCUGUAAUGUAAUUAGUGUCACUCCAGCUACUGUUAUUGCUGCCAACACUAUGACAUCAUCAUUGCCAUCGUCUCUACCCGCCAAGUCACAAGGUCCUUCCUCACCACCAACGGCCUCUGUCUCUGUUUCUACCCCCUCCUCCUUUACCUCUGCAACUGUUACCUCAGGACCCCUAAAGGUUGCCUCAGUUACCAUGGUUACACCAGCCUCCCUGCCCUCUGACCCUGUGGCCUGGGUUGGGGAACCCCAAACCGCCCCAGAGUUGGGCAAUACCACUGAGCAGGACAUGAGAGGAGAACAGUAUGUCCUCUGCUUCCAGAAAGAAGGAGGGAAGAAGGAAGAGGUAAAGAUAGGACAGGAAGGACGGUCCUACGUGUUGCAGUUUGAAGGGGAGAGGUGCGGGGAGGGGGGGCAAGGAGGAAUGGGCAGAGAGGGGGAUGGGGAGUCAUACGUGCUGCGUUUCCAGACUGAGGGAGAGACUGAGGGAGAGACUGAGGGAGAGACUGAGGGAGGAACUGAGGGAGAGGGAGGGAAGGAGAAAAGAGGUCUGGUGUCACUGCUGCAGGAGUGGGGAGGAGAGAGAGAAGGAGAAAGACGAGUAGGGGAGGAUGGCGGAGAGGGAGAGUCCUUUGUGCUUCAUUUCCAAACAGAGCAUCAGAGCGAGGAACGGACCACUUCUGACAGUAGCUAUCUAGAAGGCCCCAGCAACAGCCUGGAACUUUCCUGCCCGCCUCCCCAGGCCUUAAUGCCUCUGAAUGGGCAGGAGGUGGUGUUUGAGCUGGGGGAUGAGAACAAGAUGGUGGGCCAGGGGUCUGGAGAGAGUGUGCAGAUGAUAGCCCUGAUCGAGGGGGAAGGGGAGGGAGAAGGGGGCAGUUACAGUGGGGCAGUGGGGGGCAGUAGGGGAGGGCAGGGGGCCAAUGGAGGGCAUCUUUCAGCUUGA